AUGGUACAAUCACAUUUGUCGCUAUCAAAAAUGGUAUUUUCAAAGAUUACUCUAAAACGAAGUAUAGUGCCAUACCUUAGUUAUAUCUCAAAGCGGACAGCAAAAAAUAAACGGAACGGUAUACAUCCGUUUACGGAUGAACCAAUUCCGGAAUGGUGUCAUACAGCGGAUGAUAUUAACUUAUACAUGCUAUAUCGUCAAGAACGUGAAACACCUAAAAAACGUGGAAUUGAACUUUUGAAAGAUAAUCGUACAUGUAAGGGAAUGGCAUUUACAUUAUACGAGCGGCAAUAUUUCGGAAUCCAUGGUUUAUUACCGCCCGCGUUUAUGACUGAGAGUCAACAAGCAUACCGAGUUAUCACCAACCUUCGACAACAACCUGAUGACUUAGCUCGAUACAUUCAGUUAGAUAGUUUACAGGAUCGUGAUGAGAAAUUAUAUUAUCGAGUACUAUGCGAUCACGUAAAAGAACUUCUUCCCAUUGUUUAUACGCCAACUGUUGGUCUAGCAUGCCAAAAAUUUGGUUUUAUUUAUCGAAAACCAAAAGGUUUAUACAUAACAAUAAAUGAUAAUAGCAUUAGCAAAAUUUAUCAUAUUCUUUCAAAUUGGCCUGAAAUAGAUAUUCGUGUAAUUGUUGUGACAGAUGGUGAACGAAUUCUUGGCUUAGGUGACCUGGGUUGCUAUGGUAUGGGUAUACCUGUGGGUAAAUUAUCGCUUUAUGUUGCCCUUGCUGGUGUGCAACCAAAAUGGUGUUUACCUGUUGUAUUGGAUGUUGGAACAGAUAAUGAAGCAAAAUUUGGACAAAAUUUACUAAUUCAAUUUGAGGAUUUUGCAAGACGAAAUGCUUAUUAUCUUUUGGAACGAUAUCGAAAUCAAUUUUGUGUUUUUAACGAUGAUAUACAAGGUACAGCUUCUGUAGCAUUAGCUGGACUUUUAGCAUGUCAUAAACAUACCGGAAGACGGUUAUCUGCUGAAAAAAUAGUCUUUUUUGGUGCCGGAUCUGCUGCAAUGGGAAUUGCAGAAAUGUGUGCUGCACAAAUGGAAAGAGAAGGUAUUACACGGAAUGACGCAUAUUCACGUAUUUACUUAAUGGACAGUAAAGGUUUAAUUACGCAAAAUCGUUUGCACAUGGAAGAGGAACAUAAACCGUAUGCUAAAGCUAUGCCGGAAACAGAAAAUUUACUUCAGUUAAUUAAAAUUAUCCAACCAACUGUACUAAUUGGCACAUCAACAGUGCAAGGUGCUUUCAAUGAAGCAAUCAUUCGUCAAAUGGCAGAAUUAAAUUUAAAACCGAUCAUUUUUGCCUUAUCAAAUCCAACAAAAAAUGCUGAAUGUACUGCAGAACAAGCAAUUCAUUGGACAAAUGGUAAAGUAUUAUUUGCAAGUGGAAGUCCAUUCGAAAAUGUGAGCUACAAGGGAAAAUUAUAUAAGCCUGGGCAAGGUAAUAAUUCAUAUAUAUUUCCCGGUGUGGGUAUGGCAGCUAUUUUAUUUCGAAUUCGACACAUUGACAAUGAAAUAUUUCUAAUAGCUGCACAGGAAGUAGCCAAAUGUGUCAAUGACGAUGAUUUUAAACAUAAACGUUUAUAUCCAAGUUUUAAUCAUAUUCGAGAAGUUUCAAUAAAAAUAAUUUUGGCUAUUGGAAAGUAUAGCUAUGAAAAAAAGUUGGCAGCGCUUUAUCCCAAACCAACAAAUAUGGAAAAUUUUGUGCGUAGUCAAAUGUACCAAACAGCAUACAAUGAAAUGAUUGAUUACACAUACGAUUGGCCAGAAGAUGAUAUGGAUACUAAUAAUACGCCAUCAACGAUAAUGCAUUUACUUUGGUAUUCAAACAAUAUAUUUAGCAUUGUACGACGCAAUACAUUACACAUUGCUCGAAUAUUUUCAACAACAUCAGUAAUACCUGAUAAGGUAGAUGUCACAUCAAUGACUGAUAAGGAUUUGGAAUUAUAUAAAUUAUAUCGACCAGAAAGAGUAAUACCGCCGAUGCGUGGUAUCGAUUUAAUUAAAUCAUCACGUUACAGUAAGGGUAUGGCAUUUAAUUUAUAUGAGCGGCAAUAUCUCGGCAUCCAUGGUUUAUUACCGCCAGCGUUUAUGACUGAAGAGCAGCAAGCAUAUCGAAUUAUCUCGAAACUUCGAGAACAGCCAAAUGAUUUAGCUCGUUAUGUACAAUUAGAUGGUUUACAAGAUCGUAACGAAAAGCUAUUCUAUCGUGUUGUUUGUGAACAUGUCAAAGAGUUAAUGCCAAUUGUUUAUACACCAACUGUUGGCCUUGCAUGUCAAAAUUUCGGUUAUAUUUAUCGUCAUCCAAAAGGUAUUUAUGUUACUAUUAAUGAUAACAGUAUCAGUAAAAUCCACCACAUUCUUAGUAAUUGGCCAGAAAAAGAUGUUCGGGCAAUAGUUGUGACAGAUGGGGAGAGAAUCCUUGGGUUGGGGGACCUGGGCACAUACGGCAUGGGUAUUCCGGUAGGUAAACUUGCCCUGUACGUGGCACUUGGCGGUGUGCAACCGCGCUGGUGUCUUCCGGUAUUGCUUGAUGUUGGCACAAAUAAGGAAGAACUUUUACAAGAUCCAUUCUAUAUUGGUUUACGUCGAAAACGUGUCCGUGGGAAGGAAUACGAUUCAUUCAUCGAAAAUUUUAUGAAAGCAUGCGCUAAACGAUUUGGACAGAAAGUUUUGAUACAAUUUGAAGAUUUUGCUAAUGCAAAUGCAUACCGUUUAUUGGAGAAAUUUCGUGAUAAAUAUUGUACAUUUAAUGAUGAUAUACAAGGAACAGCAUCUGUUGUUGUUGCUGGCUUAUUAUCAUGUAACAAAAUUCUACACAAAAAGAUGUCGGAACAAACGUUUGUGUUUUUGGGCGCUGGAGCGGCAGCGACAGGUAUUGCUGACUUAUGUGUAUUACAAAUGCAGCACGAAGGAUUAGGUGAAAUUGAAGCACAUGAAAGGAUUUAUUUAAUGAAUAGUAAAGGUUUAAUAACAAGAAGUAGUCCAAAUUUAAAAGAUGAACAUCAAUUAUAUGCGAAGGAUAUGGAAAGUAUUAAAGAUUUAAUCGAUGUAAUCAAAAAAGUACAACCAACAGGUAUAAUUGGUGUUUCAACCGUAUCAGGCUCAUUUUCGGAAGAAAUAAUUAAAGAAAUGUCAAAGAUUAACGAACAUCCAAUUAUUUUUGCUUUGUCCAAUCCCACAAAUAAAUCGGAAUGUACUGCUGAAGAAGCAUUUACACAUACAAAUGGUAAGGUACUAUUUGCUAGUGGUAGCCCAUUUCCGGAUCUCCGAUUAAACGGUAAAUUAUACAAACCAGGUCAGGGCAAUAACUCAUACGUAUUUCCUGGUGUAGCUUUGGGUGUUAUAUUAUUUCAAGUACGCCAUAUCGAUGAUGAAUUAUUCUUGAUUGCUGCUCGGCAAAUAGCAGAUAUGGUAACAGCAAAAGAUAUUAAAUUUGGUCGAAUUUAUCCAAAUUUGAAAUAUAUUCGUGAAUGUUCGAUCAAAAUAGCAUUGGCUAUUGCAAAGCAUUGCUAUGCGAAUGGAACAGCUGCAUUAUAUCCGGAACCGGAAGAUUUAGAAAAAUAUAUCCGUUCGCAGAUUUAUUCGGUAGAAUAUGAUGAGCUCAUUGAUGUAACAUAUGAAUGGCCUCAAGAGGAUAUGAAACAUGGAUUUCCGGUUCCGGUUGCAAGACGUGAAUCAGUUGAAGAGUAA